AUGGACAAACGCGACUUCCUCCAAAUGUGGAAGGACAUUCCCGAACAGAAUGAGGUCCAAUUCCAAAUCAAUAACAGCCAAGGAUUGAGUGCCGGUAAGAAAUUUGGUUUUUGGUCAUCAGUUUGCCUAGUACAAUAUAAAAUUUGAAAUUUUAUGUGUUUUUUUGUUGUAGACGACAUCUGUCAGAAGCUCCAACGCAAUAACGUCUUCACUGUGGCUCAGAGGAAUGUGGACGGCCAGGAUUUGUUGUAUCAUUCCAUCAAGUACACCAACCAGAUCUACAUCUUGUCCGAGUUGAAGAUGCAACAAGGAAACCCGACUUUGACGGUGAGUUUAGGAUAGCGAAAGGCGAUUAGGGGUAAAUAGGAUGUUUAGAGGGGAAGGCUGUAAUAGUAGAGGAUAGCGGAAGACUAGUUUGAUAGAAAAUUUGUAUUAAUUUGGCCAUUUUUGGUGUUUUCUUGAUGAAAAAUCGAUAAAUUUUUGGUAUACGCAAAAAUCUUUCGCAAAAAUGUUAUUGUUGCAUUCGCCGAGUUGAAUUUAGAGACCUAUUCUUAUCGAAAAUGUUGUUUUCAAUUCCAAAAAAUCCAAUUUUUUCUUAUGAAUCAUCAAAAAAGUAGAAAAUAUUUACCGAUGAAUCAUCAAAAAUGCUUUACAAUGUUGCCAAGUGCUUUCAGCGUGUUUUAUUAUACCUUUGAACCCCAAAAAAGCUCUUAUCAGCGCAAAAUUUCAAGUAUACAACAUUGAUAAUCUUUUGUUUUUCCAGCUCUCCUUGAAGUCGCGCCACCUCGCUGCCAUCUCCAACAUCAACGAGGUGUACCAGACUAUCCUCAGCAACUAA